GACGAUUUGACGGUGCGCGUAGCCUGGUACUCCGGAUUUGUAUUUUGUGUACAGUUGGGAUUGGCUUGUUAGCUUGAUAGCUUCCUGUCAUGCACUCACCCACCCCCACUCACCUACCCGCCCAAGUCCCAUCGCGCCAUCAAUCACCGGGCAGACACUUACUGAUUCCCCGAAUUAUAUAGCGAGGAGGGUGGACUGAAAUGGGAAGGAUGUCAGCUGUCGGGAGUAACGGAGGCGCCACUGGUGGCGAAGCAUGGAAAGCUCAUGCUGCAAUGGCGAUUAUUCAGGUCUUCUAUGGAGGAUAUCAUGUGAUAACCAAAGUCGCUCUCAAUGUUGGGGUUAAUGAGCUCGUCUUCUGCGUAUACCGCGAUGUCAUAGCCCUUUCCAUUCUCGUACCUGUAGCCUACUUCCGCGAACGAAGGUUGAGACCUCCUUUAAAUAGGCAGCUGCUAAUGUCAUUCUUCAUCCUAGGACUAACUGGGAUUUUUGGAAACCAACUUUUGUUUAUGAUUGGUCUUGGAUAUACAACUCCUUCUUAUGCUGCAGCAAUACAACCUGCUGUACCAGUCUUUACAUUUAUUUUGGCUUUGCUGAUGGGUACAGAAACAGUGAAGCUGCUUACUAGAGAAGGUCAAGCAAAGAUUGCUGGUACAUUCGUCUGUGUUUCAGGUGCCAUUGUGAUGACACUGUUCAGAGGUCAGACUGUUCUUGGAUAUAGAGGAUCAGAGUUCACAACUGCACAAAGUGAAAUAAGUGCCAUUGGUCAGCCCGAACCUUCUGGGUGGUUGAUCUCUAGUUUCCUGGAAUUGGGAUUUGAUAAAUGGCGCCUUGGCAUGCUGUGUUUAAUAGGAAACUGCAUUUGCAUGGCAGCAUACCUAGCAUUUCAGGCUCCGCUUUUAAAGAAAUAUCCCGCGAACAUAUCAAUGACAGCAUAUUCAUAUCUGUUUGGCACCAUAUUAAUGGUUACCACAGCACUUUUUACAACAAGCCUGUCAACAGACUGGAGUUUGACACAAUCUGAAGUUAUUGCAGUGUGCUAUGCUGGAACAAUUGCAUCCGCUCUUAACUAUGGACUUCUGACAUGGUGCAACAAGAUUCUUGGCCCUGCUUUAGUUGCUCUUUACAAUCCACUACAACCUGCUGCAUCAGCAUUCCUCUCAAGAAUUUUUCUUGGGAGCCCUAUUUAUUUGGGAAGCAUACUGGGAGGACUUCUGAUCAUUGCUGGUCUUUAUUUGGUUACUUGGGCUUCGUAUAGAGAGAAACAAUCACAGACGGACACACUGUUCUUGAUUGGAGAGACAACAACCUAUAUCCACUGAUAUAUCUUGAAACGCUAGGGAUUUGGCACAUCUUGGUAGCUGGCUUGCAACAAAUCUGUCAAAAUCCAUGUUAAUUCAAUGUCAUGUACUAUAAUGUAUAUAGCUUGGAAUUCAAUAAUUUAAAUACGAUAAAUCAUCUUCACCCAUACCAAAGUACUAGGCUUGGAGAUGGCACCGGUUUGAAUUUGAACCAAACAAGCCGGGUUGUGAUGCAUUACUAUACACAAAAUACUAGGCUUGGACAGAGUAGCUGUUCGAAUUGGAACCGAACAAGAUUGUCAUAUAAAAUACUAGGCUUGCACAUGGUCCCGGUUUUGAACCUAAACUAGAUUGGGGCUGUGAUGCAUCAUUGGUAAGAUGUACCAAUGCAAGGGGAAACACAAGGUUACCAUAUAAUGGAAGUUGCAUAUGUUGGAAGUUGCCUAUUUUUGCUUUUAGUUUGAUAAUACAUGUAUGUUUUAAAUAAUCUUGCGCACGCUCUAAUGCAUUUUGAUUGGUAAUCUUGUUACACGACAAUAUACUUGAAUUGUGAAUACAUGGUUAAUAUAUACUACGUAUUAGAUAUAUAUAUUAUCAAUAUAACAGUUUUGUUAAG